AUGUGGAUCCUGGAUUCGACGGGGGAUUUCCUGGACGGGAAGCGAGUGUGGCUGCGUCCGGGAAAGAAGUACCUCUUUGGGCGUAUCAAGCAGGAUGACGUCCGUCAUGCGAUUUCUCACAACUCGAUCUCACGAAAACACAUGACUAUCGAGGUGUCCCCUGUUAAACCCGGCGAUGGCUCUCAGAUUUACACAAGAUCCGAAAUCACCGUGGCUGAUCUGGACUCGAAAUGCGGGACCUUUGUGGAUGGAGAAAAGCUCACAGGAACGAGCAAGGUGCUGCGCGGGGAGGAACACGAGAUCAAGCUGGGCAGGUAUCAGCAUACUCUGCGGAUAAAAUGGCAACCCGUCACUCUAAGCUUCUCAUUCUCCUCGAAGGAGAUGAGGGCAAAGGACCCUCUCGCCCACGUCCGUUCUCGACUGGAAGACCUCGAUAUCAAAACCAUCAUUCCUUACGUGGUCGAGCAGACCACACACGUGGUGCAGAGUAAACGGAACACGGCCAAGGGUCUCCAAGCGCUCAUCAACGGCAAAUACAUUGUGCAGGACUCCUACAUCGACGCACUCGUAUACGCGGCCACGCCUGGCGACCUCGAAAAUCUGGAAUCAUUAUCUCCUCUCGAGGCCGAUUUUGACGCGGCCUGGCCGGAUGCUACGGAGUAUCUCCCGCCAGCCGGUAAGGAACCGAUCAACCGACCUGCUGCUUCCUUUGCUCCAGACCCGGCUCGGAUCAGCAUCUUCGAAGGAUAUACAUUCGUCUUCGGAGAUUCUACACAAUUCGACAACCUGCAGGCGCCUAUCAACAAUGGACAAGGGAAGGCGCUCUUCUAUCAAGUGGAGGACGGGGUGUCUACGGCAGCCGAUAUUGUGCAAUUCAUGAAAAAUGCAGCUGGCCGCAAGGGAGCGGGCAGUGAUCGAGACGGCCCAGGUGGUGUGGUCUUGGUUCGCUUCCGGUCCAAGGGUCAAUAUGAAUCGUGGUCCAUCGAGGUGGGCAAUGAGGUCGCAUUGAUGACAGACCAGCGCGUGAUUGAACAGAGGGAGUUUCUUGAUGCCAUCCUCGGGAGCGACGCCUCCCCUCUCUGUCGCCCGCUGCCUAGUGAAGAGCCGAGUCAUGCGUCUGAGCGUGCCCCGUUGUCUCGGACUGAGCAGCGAGCUUCGAGGGCGGAGAAACGUGUGCAAUCACCCUCCAAAUCGCCGCCCCAGACCCAACCCAGUCAACCUGCUCCGGCUCGGCCCAAGGCGCCUCGCGUGCGCACCUUUGUCAGUAAAAUGAAGGCCUUUGAUGAUGGCUUCGACAUGGACUCGGUCCCAGUCUACACGCCGGAGGAAAACCUCACAACGUCUCAGCUGGAUCUCGAACCUCUCGCAGCCCCGCAAUCCAGUCAACAUCCAAGUCCGGUAGAGGAAGAGGCUGAAGAGGAUGUGGUGUCAGAAUUACUUCCGGGUGCCCGGGCAAUGAAACGUCGUCGUGCGGAAAUGAGCCAGCACCCGGAUACGCCUGCGACCACUGAGUCCGAUCCCAUCCGGAAGCCGAAGCGCCCCAAGCUCGACGUGUUGGAAGCUGCACGAAAACAUCGCGAAGAAGAGGAGCAACAGCGACAAGCACAAGAAGACACCUAUCCAGUGGCCUUGACGGACCUGGAUGUUGAUCAGCUCCGGAACCUGGCCAUUGUGGAAGAGAUGGAACUUCCUGCGCGGAAUCCACCUGUUGCCGGCGACUCCCACUCAGACCGAUGGGAUGAGCGAUGGAACGGCCGUAAGAACUUCAAGCGGUUUCGCCGAAAGGGAGAGCCUCGCCAUGCCCGACAUCGUGUGCAGACUGUGAUUGUGCCCCUGGAAGAAGUGACGCGCAAGGACUUUGGUAUUGGCGACCACUACUGGGUCAGCAGUCACAAAUCCACCGAUACCAGUCAAGCAGCAGACCGAAGAUCUCAUCAGAAUCCGGCGCGCGAAGAUCCGGCUGCAUCUAUUCCAGAAUCGGCGCCAGGUUCGGCUUCUCCUCCGGCUACUGCCCCGGAUCCUACCCCAACCCCAGCCCCAGCCCCAGCACGUCGGCCCUCCAAACGACCGCGAGAAACACGUGAAUCGGACAGCGAUGAUGAGCUGCGGUUCCGCUUCCGGCGCAAGCGGUAG